UAUAUUCCGUAGGUUUUAGGUGAAAUAGUCUCUUCAAGAAGCGCGAACAAACGUGGCCCUCAGAAUCACACACAGAAGCUGUCUGAUUCGCCUUUCCCUAUCCGUCGCUCUGUUUCAGGUCGGCGUGAUCGGAAUAUUCUAGAGCCGAGCGAACAUGGUGGAGUUGGAGAGGGCGCAGAAUCCUUGGGUGAGUAGUAGUGACGAGCAGCAAAUCGACCGAGUUGAAAUCGACGGUAGAGAUUUGUCCAUCAUGCCGGAGCUGUCGGUUUUGGACAGAGGCGACGCCGGAUUCGCUAAGCGACCAGACGGCGAGAGGUGUAAAACGACGUCGGAUUGGAAGCUAGGGGUUGCGGAGAGAGCUUUCUCGGCCGCCGGCGCCGCGUUUUUGUCUGCCAUUAUUGUUAAUCCACUUGAUGUGGCCAAGACGAGGUUGCAAGCUCAGGCAGCUGGUGUGCCUUACUCGCAUCCGCUAAGUAAUAUCACGAGUCGCAUGGCUUUUUUCGGCCCUACCAUGCUGUUUGCGGAUCUAAGGUGUUCACCAUCGUGCACACGUGCUGGAAUUCAUGGUACUGUAUCAAUAUGCCCACCAGAUUGUUUUCAGUACAAAGGCACACUUGAUGUUUUCUACAAAAUCAUUCGACAGGAAGGGUUUGCAAGGUUAUGGAGAGGCACAAAUGCAGGAUUGGCACUGGCUAUUCCAACAGUGGGAAUCUAUCUACCAUGCUAUGACAUAUUUCGCAACUGGUUAGAAGAAUUCACUGCCCGUAAUGCUCCCAGCACGAGUGUAUAUGUUCCUUUAGUUGCUGGCUCUUUGGCACGCUCAUUAGCUUGUGCAACUUGCUAUCCUAUUGAACUUGCUAGAACUCGCAUGCAGGCAUUUAAAGUGAUACAAAAUGGUGCAAAGCCUCCUGGUGUUUUGAGGACUCUAUUGGACGUUGUCUCUCAUGUCAAGACCACAAGUAAUGCUGAAAGCAACUUAAGAGGCUAUCGUGUCCUCUGGACUGGCAUGGGAGCACAACUUGCUCGUGAUGUUCCCUACUCUGCAAUCUGUUGGUCGACUCUCGAGCCAAUCAGAAGAAGACUUCUUAAUCUUGUGGGUGAUGAAGCAAAUGCAGUCAGUAUCUUUGGGGCAAAUUUUUCUGCUGGUUUUGUUGCAGGAACCAUAGCGGCUGCAGCUACAUGUCCAUUGGAUGUUGCAAAGACCCGAAGACAGAUAGAGAAUGAUCCAGUCAGGCAAAUGAAAAUGACGACAAGGCAAACGCUAAUGGAGGUUUGGAGGGGUGGAGGACUAAAGGGACUAUUCACAGGGGUCGGUCCUCGUGUUGGUCGUGCAGGCCCUUCGGUAGGGAUUGUUGUUUCCUUCUAUGAAGUCGUGAAGUAUGCUCUACAUCAACGGUAUGCAACUUCAUGACGGGGAUUCCGUGGUUUUUUUUUUCCUCCUGUUUUUGAUCUUCGAAGGUGUCAUUUGAUGCGGUGUCUGGUGACUUAGGAAGGCCACCUACAAGUUUUGUAGAUACAGUAGAUUGAAGAUGACAAAUUUUCAUCCUUUUUAGGCUGCAAGUGCAGGAUUUAACCUUCUUUCCUAUAGUUUUAGCUGUUCUUUACGUUGUUGCUCAAUGACGAGCAAAGUUUUGUCCGUUUACAUUGUUUCUUUGGGCCAACUUUAUUCUGAGACUUGAUCUCAGUUAAUAAAUUAUGUCUGAAGGGACUAGAUGAAUCUUCAAUUCUAAUUUAAUGACAAUUUACACUGUUCUUUUUCUUU